AUGAACGAAUGUGAUAAGGGUUUGACCUGCCUUAGCGGAUUUGUGGCGGAAGCAGCCGUGAUGCGCGGGAGAGGUGAUGCCGCGGAAAGUGGGGAGGAGGGUUGUGACGUGGAGACCGCGAAUGGCGUUGUAACGGGUGGUUCUGGUAACAAGGGUUUCGAGAACAUCGUUAAACGAGACCCACGGACUCUUCUUGAGAAGCUUGACACGCCCACGUUGGUGGCGCCAGAGCUCGCGCUUGGCCCUAAGAACCGGCUAGAUCCGUACCUCACGGCGCUCGAUAAGCUAUCGGACGCGCUGCGGUUCUUCGAGGCGCACAGCUAUCUGGGCAGCUGCCGCACCGAGCUGCGGCAGGGGAGGGGAUUGAUGGACGAUGCGGUGGGGCGACUGAAGGAGGAGUUCGGAGAGGUGCUUUCCGGUGCAAGCCUGGUACCGGAUCGCAAGGCGCUCGUCCAAUCCGCCGCCUGCAUGAAGCCAGGCGAGACGGUGCCGCCCGUGCCUCUGGUUCGGCCCGAGGCUGUGAAGCCGCUUCGGGCCAUGGCAGCGUGGAUGGUGGGCAAUGACUACGAGGCAGCGUGUCUGCGAGUGUACGAGGAGCAGCGGGCGUUAGCGGUGCUGCGGUGUUUGGAGCGGUUGGGCAGUGCGGCGCUGACGCUCGACCAGGUGGUGGCGUUGCCGUGGAACGAGCUCGAGCCCCUCAUGAAGCUAUGGGUUGAAAACCUCAAACUCACGGUGGAGAAGCAGUUUCCCGGGGAGGCGGGUGGGGAGGUGCGGCAGCAUCUGGCGGGCAUCUGUGCGGCGCUGUGUCGCACGGUGAGGGGCACCAUGGCUGACUUCCACCACAUCGUGCUGCACGACCCCACCCCGCCCCCCCACGUCAACGUCAACAAGGCUAGCAAGGGGCACGAGGAGGGCAAGGGCGAGGCACGGGGGAAGAUGAGGGGGGAGGGCAAGGCGGAGGGCAAGGAGGGUGGGGGGUUGGCGGGGCAGGAGGUGGUUGUGAGAGGCAGUCCGGACGUGUCCCCGCUGACCAGCUACGUGGUGAACUUCAUCCUGCUCUACUUCGACCAGACGCUGUACCUGGGCACGCUGCUGCUGGUGUACGACGAGGCCGGCGACCACCACGAGGGCGCCGUGCGCGUGGGCACCGCCACGCGGCAGCUGCUGGCGGCGCUCAAGGCAAACCUAGAGCGCAAGGGAGACGCGUUCCAUGAUGAGGCCAUGCGCUCCGUGUUUCUCAUGAACAACUGCGAGUACAUCCAGCGCAAGGUGGAGGAGCAGCAUGUGAAGAUGAUCCUUGGGCGGGCAUGGGUGGAUGAAAACGCUAAGGACCUCGAGAGGCACCGAGACGUCUACAUUCGAUGUAUUGUGAAUAAGGUGGGCGCCAUGCUGUCGGACCACCGGGGCGACGUGGCAGCGUUCACGAAGCGAGUGCAGGCGCUGCAUGCGCUGCUGGAGGGCGUGCAGGCGCAGCAGAGCGGGUGGAGCAUUGGGAAUGCCGACCUGCGCGCGUUCGUGCGCGGGGAGGUGGCCUCGCAGGUGCUGCUGCGAUACUCCGACUUCCUCGACCGCCACAGGUCUAUAGUGGAGAGCCGAGCGUGCAAGGUGCGAGUGCUGACACGGCAGGAGAUGCACGCGUGGGUGACGGAGAUAUUUGACAUGAAGAAGCAUGCAUGA